CUCCCGAUGUGUUCGGUCGCGGUGCCCCGGUCGGCCGGCGGAGCUCCGGGGAAAUGGAAACGCUCUUUGUUGGUUGGUCCGCUGGCCGAGGAGCAGAGCUGAUGCACCGCAAGAUGAGGCCACUAACAGGGGGGCGAUUGAAUAGUCGGCUGCUGUGUAACCAGCACACAGCCCCGCAUUCAGCUGCACGACUCCCUGCUCUCUCCACACGUUAUUAUUAAUCGCUACAACAUACGAGCUCUCUUUGUUGUGGUUGCACAACCUGCUGUCCCAAGGACGAGCUGCAGACAUUGUCUGAGGGCAGAGCUGUGGCAGACACUCAUUGACCAUAUGGGAGAUAGACCACGCAUAUGUCUUAACAAGCACGUUUACAUCGGCUCCUGUGCCUUAACUGUGUGACCAGAACCUCUCGUGUUGUUAUUUGUUUCCUCUGCAGAUCUGUCCAGAUGGAUAAAAUGCAGCCCAACCGGAUUAAAAUCACAGAUCUGAAUCCACACCUCACAUGCCCACUGUGCGCUGGUUACUUAAUUGAUGCUACAACCAUCGUAGAGUGCCUGCACUCCUUUUGUAAAACUUGCAUCGUUGCCUUCCUGGAGACAAAUAAGUUCUGCCCUCGAUGUGACGUUCAGGUCCACAAGACAUGUCCGCAGCUCAGCAUCAGGGCAGACAAAACUCUACAAGAUAUUGUUUAUAAGCUCGUACCGGGGUUAUUCAAAGAUGAGAUGAAACGGAGGCGGGACUUCUACGCAGAGAAUCGUGUGCUGGAACCGGGGGAAGUGGUGGAGACGUUCAACAUAGCAGAGGAUGAAAUCAUCAGUCUGUCAAUACAGUUCUACGAGAGAAACAAAAAUAAUGAGAGGCAGCAUUCAGAGUUGGAAGGAGACAAGUCCAAUGGUAAACGCUUCCUGCAGUGCCCAGCAGCCAUGUCUGUCAUGCACUUGGCAAAGUUCCUACGAAGCAAGAUGGAUAUUCCCAACAACUAUCGGGUGGAGGUGUUGUAUGGAGAUGAGCCCUUGAAGGACUACUACACACUAAUGGAUAUUGCCUACUUUUACGAGUGGAGACGAACUGGACCCAUCCCCCUGCAGUAUCUGGUCAAACCCACCCGGAAGCGCAGGAGGCCACCCCAGUCUGCCGCCCAGGGCCACUCUGACGGCGUCAACACCAGCCCGACAUCAGAGAGCGACUCCCAGAGCGACAAAGUCCACAGUCCCGCCGCAGCCCAGCCGCCCCGAGCCUCCUCACAAUCCAGCCCCGCGUCCCACAACCUCUCCCCCGCUAUCCAAAGCUCCAACGGUACGACUGUGACCAACAACACUCAGCGACACACUCUCGCCUCCAAACAGGGCGCCAACGCUCGGAAGGUGACUGUCAACGGUACGAGCUCUGGGGCCGGCAAAGAGGAGGCGAGAGGAGGCGACAAAAGUGGUUUGCCUCCGACGACCUAACGUGUAUAGCGGGCAGCAGGGAGGACAGUGUUUGAAUUGCUCCCUUCAUUCUUUCUUAAUAGAGAGAGAAAAGACAAGCUUGGGCCUUCUGGACAAACAGGAGGAAGAUUACUGUUAUCAUCUUUCAGAAGGAAAGACUGAGAAGUGCAGCCAAAUAGACACUUGUAUGUAUGUAUGUGCGUGCGUGUGUGUUUAUGUGUGUUAGACUAGAACAGUGCACACAUACAAACUGUACAGUAUGUAUCAAAUGUGAGCAUGUGUGCAUACAUAUGUAUAAACUUAUCUUUUAUACAAGAUAUUGUAAUCGUUUUGUAUUGUAUAUGCAGUGGGUCUGUUUCAUUUCCAUACUGUAGUUGCAUCAACAUUUAUUUGGCUCCAUAACAGUUGGGACAAAACGCUGAAAUGCAUUGCAGUGUUCACCACUGCAGAAGUUGGAUGUAAAGAGAAAAACAGUCAUGUUAAUAACUGCUGUAUAAGUGUCCAUUAUAUACAGAUGUUCAUCAGGUAACACAGGUACAUUACAUUGAACUGUUGAUGCACUUUGUCAAGGUCAGAUCACACAACCUAACAAGUAUUUUCCAACAGGAGAAGCAUUUAUAUUUACAAAGUUCCAAGCACUACCACGCUCGUAAGCAGACGUUUCUAAGCAGACCAUGUUCUUUCUCUCAUGGCAGUCGAAGAGCUCAAAAGGGAUUUGAAUAUUUGGCCAUGUAUGUUGUAGUUCCAUAAAUUUCAACAUUCCUUUUGUUUCUUUUCAACAAACAAUGAUACUUUUUUUAUCAGCCAUAUGUGCAUGUUUUAGGUCAAUAAAAUGUUUACUUACUAGGUUUUUCUGACCUGACUGUCCUGUUUAUGAUUCCCUGAACGUGAUGGGUUAUAAAGCAUGCAGCAUAAAUGGAGUUUAAAAAAAAAAAAAUGAUUUUACACAUCUUUUCUCUGUGGUUUCUCACAGGGAGCUACCCUGUGUGUGUGCAAUGGAGUGACCUUAAAGUGUCACUCUAUUAUCUUGGAAGAACAGGCAAUGUUUAUACGCAUUUUUUAAAAUCAUCAAACCACAAAUGUCAGAGCUUCUAAGUAAUAAACUGAAGCCAAACAGAAAUAGUUAGACUAAACAUGCCAUGAUACAUAUUAGUUUCUCAACCUUUCUUCAUCAAUAAGAUGCCAUAUUUUGGUGUUUUGGGCAUUCAGUUGGUCUCUUCUUUUAAGACGAUAGAACUGAAAUGUAUGAUGAAAGUCAUGCGAGUUUAAACAGGUGGUUGGAGAUAAAAGGCAUAGGGUGAACAUUUAAAAGUAUUUCUGUCAAGUUCUGGGGUUAAGCUACUUGUUACUCAAGCAGCCUGUUCUGAAUCUGAACAAAUGCUUUCUUCUUCACUGUGUGCAUUUACAGCAAAAUGUCAGCAGCUCAAAAGCACAGGCAUCUGCUGGAUCAUACAUACAGUAGAAGAGUGUCCAUCCAUCCAUCUUCCGUAACCUGCUUAUCCAGUUAAGGGUCGCGGGGGUGCUGGAGCCGAUCCCAGCUGUCAAUGGGCGAAGGCAGGGUACACCCUGGACAGGUUGCCAGCCUAUCACAGUGUACAAUAUUACAGGGCAUUAUCAAUAUUUUUAGUUUGUUUCUAUUUGACAACAUUAUCAUAGACAGGUCAGCCCAACUGGCAACUCAUGUGAUUGUUUAUUUAUUUAUUUAAGUGAACAAAAUAAAUUAAUCUCCCAAAAGUUAAACAGGACAUUAAAGUGGCAUUUUACAUAUGGAGAAGAUGCUCACCGUCUGGCCCUGACAGAUUGUAGUUGAUCCGCACUAUCAGACACACUGAUUAUAGGACGAAAUUAUACAUUGCUACAUGAACACAUUUCACAGUUUACAACUUCUACCCAAUCAGUUUUCUUUUGUUAAACCAUUCAAUAGAUCUUUGAACUCUUAGCCAUAAUACUAGUCAACCCCUCUUUUACAUCCUUUUAUAUCGCGUUCAGGUACCGUUAUAAGCAACAUUGCCCACAACGGCCUAAUAAAACGAAGAUCUUGUAUUCACCUCAGUAUUAACUGUAUGGUAAAAUCUCCCUCUCGUUACAAAAACCUCUACUAUAUCAUAGAAUAUCAUCAUAUCGUCCCACCCUGCUGUUAAUGCAACAUUGUCCCAUGGAAAACUGAAGUUUUUGUCUGUGGCGUUAACCUUUUCAUCGCCACUCUCUCUGUCAAGCACCGAGAGGAACAAUGAAAAGACAAAGCAUGGAAAAUUGAAGUUG